UCGGUUUACUUUCACAAAUGAUACUCGGCAAAAAACUGUGGAAAAUCUUUUUAUUGCAUCAUUGUCAACAGAGAAUGACUUCGGGAUAUAAUAAAGAUCUUGUAACUGCUUUACGAGACGUGGUUACUGGAACCAACUGGUAUUGUGCAGGACCCGUAACCAAGUUGAAAAAAUACAUUUGUAACAGAUAUUAUGCUGAUGAUGGAGAGGAUAUUGUAGUAAUCUACAGCAAAAAGAAAGACAAAUUCUAUGCACUGGGAGCAGUUUGUUCACAUGAAGGUGGCCCUCUGGAGCAGGGUGAUAUAGAGGAUUUGGAUGGUCGGGAGAAGAUUGUCUGCCCUUGGCACUCUUAUGACUUUGACCUUGAAACUGGGGAAUCAUCCUAUGGACUGAAGCAAGAUGUCUAUGAAGUUUGUAUAAAGGAUGACCAGCUUUACAUUUACACAGGGAGUGAGUUGUCAACCAAACCAUUCAAGAAUCCAGUUACCAAGAAACCAGAAACAGAAACAGCUCAGACCGCUGGGGAUGAGGACACGGCAAGUCUAGCAUACUGGGCCUCAAAGAUCCUCAAUACAGCUUGUCCUCAACAAAAGGUAGAGCUGACACAGAGAGUGGGAGAGAUGUGGAGAAAAGGGGAGUUAACUGUCGGAGUUAGUCAUCCACCAGACCAACCGGCCAGGGACAAAGAUCUAACCAUCGUAAAACCAGGCAGGGAGAAAAAGAGAGGGAAGGGCGUCUCUCUGGCUAGCCGAAUAUCUAACUUGCAUUCUAUGGCCAACAUCGAGCAGUGGGCUAUUGAUUUGUCAUGGGACAUCAUUGCCCGCUUCUCCACGGCAACACCAGAGGGGACUGAUGAGGCUCUCCCACAGGGUUUCUAUGAUGACUUUGUCCGAGUAGCCUGUGAGGAAGCAAAGCAUUAUAAGAUGUUGUCAGACAGACUACAAGACCUGGGAAGCUAUUUUGGGGCUCUGCCUGUUCACAAUGCAUUGUGGUCCUCUGCAACAGUCACAAGUGACAGCUUACUUGCAAGACUGGCAGUUGUCCAUAUGGUUCAUGAAGCCAGAGGUCUUGAUGUACAACCAAAAACCUUGGAAAAGUUUGUGAAGAACAAUGACCAGGAAUCGGCAGCCAUCUUGGAGGUCAUUUUCCGAGAUGAGAUAACUCAUGUGGCCGCAGGAAUGAGAUGGUUCACUUAUGUUUGUACUCACUCCAACCCUCCACUGGAUUGUAUACCAACAUUUCAUAGAUUAGUGCAACAGUACUUUGGGUCUUUGAAGCCCCCGUUUAAUACAGAGAGCAGAAAAAUAGCAGGAAUGACAGAGGAGUGGUAUCUGCCCUUAGUGAAGCCUACUACCAGCUGAAGACUACAGGUGUUUUUAUAUAAAAUGAAAAAAAAGCAAUUAAAAGAAUUAUAAUAUUGGGUUUUGUGUACAUACAUAUAUUUACAUGACCUAGUUCCUUAUUAACAAUAUAAAUACUCAGUAACUCACAUUUCAGUUUUGGUGCAAUGAAGAUGUUAUAUAUUAUUAAA